AUGGCGGAUCCCAGUUCCAUCCAUACUUCAGAGUCUUUGCCUUUUGCCGCCAUGUACCAUCUUCAGACGCAAAGUCAAAGGUCAAACUGCAGCAUUUUCCAAAACAGUUCUAUUAACAGACUAAGCCAGUAUGAGGAAAGCAGUAACCUCAUAUGUGACUCUAAUGACAAUUGUACUACUGCCGGAACAAGUAUGAAUGGAGUUAAUGUGCAGAUCGGCUCAGGAUACUGGGAACCUGAGUCUUUGGUUUUACCUCCAUCUGUAGCACUGAACAGAAUUAAAGCUUCCUCUGAAGGAUAUGGUGGAGAGUGGAAUUACAAUUUACAUCAGCAGAUCGCAGUCGAAAAUUAUGGUCCAACUGAAGGCAAUCGACAGAAACUUGACUCUUUUUCUGAUGCCUUUCAUGGAAGAGGCAUUUCUAGGAUCACCAACAGUGGGGAACAGAUUGGAUACAACGUACAGCCAAACAACUCUCCUCAUCCUCACGCUUUUCCUUCCCUGUCCUUACCUCUGGUUCUAAGCCCUCCUCCUACACCACUUCCUCCUCCAUCUCUCUCUCCUCCUAAACGGCCUUCACAAUCACAGAACCAGACGCAGUCACCUUCUGAAGGUUCCCUGCGGUUCUUUCCACCUCCUUCUUGUACCGGUUCCAUCCUUCCAGGGAGUUUCCCACCUACCCACUGGCUCUAUCUUCCCACUGAUGCCAGUGGGAACGCAGACAUUACACAGCAACUUCCUCAAGACACGAGUCCAUCCUCAGUCUAUCCAGAAGGGGUAGAGAUUAGCCUGAGACAGUUGAGUGCAACAGACACAGAUACUUCUUCAUGUUCUCCUCUGACACAACAUCAACCACCAAUAUCUAUACCAAAGCUUAAACAAGAGCAUGAUGCUGUUACCUCUGAACAUCAUAUGACAUGGUCUCAGAUGAUGCAGACUUCUCAGCCUUUUUCCCCACUUCAUCAUCCCCAUGCUCCGGCAGAACAAUUAGAAGUGCAUGAGGAUACAAAGCCAACUUCUGGGUUCCAGCAACCAAGGUGCUUAUAUUUGUCUAGCUCACAGAAUACCCCCUCCACUGUCUACACUGGAAUUCCUUUCCACAGUGUGCUUCAAUCAGGAUGGGACAGGGCUUUUCUGUAA